UCCAUUUGUUUCACCUCGUCAUCUCCGCAAAACCCACCUUCAACGCCUUAAAAGCCGUUUUUUUUUUCCUUACUUUUUUCAUUUGCUCCAAAAAAAUAAGGAGGAAAAGAAAAAACAACGGCCAACAAAUUCAUCAAAGAAACUCAAAAAAAUGCGAGCUCUACUCUCACCAGAAUCUUCUUCUCUUUAUUUCACUUCAAUCAAUAUCGUUUCUCGAGAUCCAAAUCCAUGCCGAUCUCGGACCUCUCUUUAUUUUUUGAAAAGAGACGGCGGCUGCCGUUUGAUUCGCCGGAAAACUCGUUCGACCGCCGUGAAGGCGUUGCUUGAUUCGGCGACUAUAGAGGAGCUAGGUCUUAAAGAAUCUGAUAUGAGAAAUCCGGCGAUUUCUUCUACUUAUCGGAGGUCUAUGUUGCCGAAGCCGAAUCAAACGGUGUUGGAAGCUCAAGCGAGGAUUUGUACUGGACCUACGCAGACUAGACCGCUCUCGGAAGAACAGGCGUUUAAGGUUUUGGAUACAAUUUUGAGAUCAGUUAGGGGGGAAUUAAAAGAUGAAGAGCAAGUCUCAAAAGCACAGAUUGGAGCAUUCUUUGCUGGAAUGACUAUCCGUGCAAAUUCCUUUCCGGAAGAGACUCAAUGGAGUGAAGGAGAAAGGCGUGCAAUGAACUUAUUUUGGCCACUUCUCUUACGAGCACUACCGCCUGAUGUGAUUUUCAUUGCUGAUCCUGAAGGGUCUAUAAUGGGAUUAGGGAAUUCAGUAGGGCCGCAGUUUAUUGGGAAAGGCACGACAGAAAUGAGAUUGGUUGGUGCUCUUAGAGAAAUUUUAGCAGGAGGUCACCUUGGGUAUGAGGAAGUCCAAGGUGUUCUGAAAGAUGUUCUUCCAUUGAAAUUUGAAGAUGGAAAAUCUACUGGAGUAAGUGAAUCAUUGCUUUCAGCUUUCUUAAUUGGUCAGCGUAUGAACAGGGAAACAGAUCGCGAACUUAAAGCAUACUGCCUUGCAUUUGAUGAUGAACUUGGUCCUGCUCCAGUUGCUGAUGUUAACUCUUUGACCCAUUACGGUGAACCUUAUGAUGGCAACACACGUUUCUUUAGAAGCACGUUGUUUGUUGCUGCGGUUAGAUCCUGUUAUGGUGAAUCUUCCUUGCUUCAUGGUGUGGAGUGGAUGCCACCGAAGGGAGGUGUAACUGAAGAACAAAUGCUGAACUUUAUGGGAGCAAACACAAACUUAUCCUUGCAUCAGGCAAAAAAACUUAUUGAGGACGAGGAGGUUGGUUUUGCAUACCUAAGUCAACGUGAAGCUCGCCCAUCUCUAUAUUCACUGAUUGGAUUGAGGGAGCACAUAAAGAAACGCCCACCACUAGCAACAACUGAAAAGGUCCAGCAAUUUAUUAGGGCUAAAGGGAAGGAAUCAAUUGUUACCGGAUUUUAUCAUGAAGGUUACGAGGAGCCUUUGUUAAUGCUUAUGAAACGAAGAGGUGUAUAUUCUGGUUUGGUAGUGAAGGGAGAAGAAGGUGCCCUCUCAAUGACAACUAGGUUACGAUCAGCAAGCACGUCAAAAGGCUUUCCUGUAAACUAUUGUUCCGGUUUUCGUUCAGUAGGCACGGAAACAGCUUGCAAAGAGGAUGGAGUAUCACAUCAGAGUUUUAGGCUCGAGGUUAAUGCUAUGGACUAUGGUUUUGAACCAACUGAUACACCAAGAACUGAUAGAUCGGUAUCAAAGAAUAUAGAGCUGGGUUUGGCUGCUCUGCAUGGCCAAAAAGGGCCAGCAUACGAUCGAAUCGUUUUAAAUGCCGGAAUUGUGGAUCAUUUACUGGGUUGUGAUGGUGCUGAAGACGUGACCAUAGCUCUCGAUAGGGCCAGGGAAGCCAUUGAUAGUGGUAAGGCUCUUAAGAAACUCCUAAAUUACAUUAAAGUGUCUCACAAGUUAAAAUGAAACCUAUGUGAAACAGUGCUUGCUUCCUCUUAAGCUUUUUUUUUUUUUUAUAUAAAUUGGCUUAAGGUACGAUUUAGCCUCUAAACUGCAUUCAGUUUUCACUUUGGUAUGUAAAUUUUUUGUUUCACUUUGGUACCUAAACUAUCAUAUUUAUCCUACUUUACCCCAAAAUAUAAAGUUGCCGAUAAGAAUAUAACAUGUGGCACAUAAAAUAGGACACGAAAAUAGUUGAAGUACCAAAAUGAAAAAAAAAAGUUUAGGUGUCAAUGGGAAAAGAAUUUAGUUCAGCGGCUAAGUUGUUACUUUUGAGCUUUUCCUUUUUUGGGUGUAGAUCUGUGUUGUAAAACUGUUAAAAAGAGGAAAUAGAGAAAGAAAAAAAAAGGGUGUCUUACAGAUUUUCCGUUUA